CGACUCGACUAGAUUCGAAUAUUCGAUACGAGACAAGCACAGCAUGGCCGAAAACGGAGAAGGACCGCCGCCGCCAAUGGCCCCGGCCGCCCCCGCUCCCGCUCCUGCCUAUGCGGAGAUGGCUGCGGCUGAAGCUUCGGCUUCGGCUUCCACCGCGCCUCCUAGCGGGGGUUCGGCAGCCCCGUUGCCGGCAGCCAAUGCGGCGGGUGCGCCUCCGGCGGUGACCCCGGUUGCGACGGCGCCUCCCCCACUACCGGUGGCACAGGCAGCAGCAGCGGCAACAGCAGCACAGGCAGCAGUGCCACAGGCAGCAGCAGCAGCAGCAACACAGGCAGCCACCCCGGUGCACCCGCCACAAACGCCAACGCCCACGCCGGUUCCCGUUCCCGUUCCCGGACUCGCUCCGCAAACACCGGCAACGACGCCGGCCCCACCUUCCGAUCCCAUAGCUGCCGCCGUGGCAGCGGCCGCAACCGCCGCCGCUGCCGGCAUGGCCACCCCCCACGCGUCGGCCGUUGCGACCCCCACCAGCAGCGCGCCCACCCCGGUUCCGACCAAGAUCAUCACGGCGGUCCCCCUUCCCGAGCCCGAACGGGACCCGAACGUCCCGAACGACCGUGAUGCCGUUGUCGGAGAGGAAGGCUACCGGGGAACCAUGCUGCUCAAGGACCUGGUGCACCUCCACUACUUCUUGUGGAAAAAGGAGCGGCAGCCCCAGACCACCGCGGCGGCGAAGGAAGACGCCGCCGGUGCCCCCGCUUCCUCCGAAGCCCCGGGCGAAGUGGUCAAAGCCGAAGCCCCUUCCGAGAACGGAGUGGACGCUUCCGCCAAAGCCACCGCAGAAACGAAACCAGAACCUCCGGCAACGCCUCCGACCAAGGUUGUCCCUCCCACGGAAGCAAAGGACGUCGAGCAACUGGCGGCCCGCCUGACCGAACUCUUCACGCACGGCAGGCGAUACGAGCUGUCGGGUCUCAAGGACGUCCCCACCCCCUUCUUCAAGCUCGACGGCCGCUUUUUCGAAAAGGUUCCCCCGCCGUCCACCGGGAUGGAAACCGACAACGCCCAGAGGUUCAAGCGCCUCGACGAAAACGGAGCCAGGGCCUACGUCUCGGGGCUCAUCCUAAAAUCCUUUGCCGAGCUAGCCGCAAGGGACAACGCGGAGCCGGAACCCCCGGUCGGUGCCAGCGAGGACCUGCGCGACGCCACGGGCAAGAGGGAACCCGCCGCCAUAUGCAGGUCCGUGGACACCCUAUUUGCCAACCUCGGGGACGGCAAGCCCGGAGACGAAGCCCCCGCGGAUCCCCGUCCCUACGACGUCAUCUUCCUGCCGGUCCAGACCCCGUGGGAAGAAAACAUGAACUACGAGCACUCCAGCGGAAACAAAAACCUCCUCUACCUGGCCUCCCAGCACGUUUCGGUGGACACGAAACGAUCCCUCUCCCGGGUCAAGGCCGCCUUUGCCCUCAUCACCGCCAAGAUACAGGUCACCAGCGGGAGCGAGCUGGUGACCAAGGACCAGCGCUUUGUCAUUCUGCGAAACACGGGAGACAAGGGACAAAACCAAUGGGAAAACAUGGACCGCAACGACCUCGCCGAGUUUGCCGCCAUUUUUGUCUUCGAGGUGUACCUCGAGAAACGAAUCUACGACGAAACCUCCCUCGGGAACAACGUCCAUGCCGGAACGCCCGUCACGCCCGUAUCGACACAGGCGGCCAUGAAAGACUUGUUGUCGCCGUCCGAUGCCAACAAGCCAUCGGACGUACCGAUCCCGCAUCCCACGACACACGAUGUUUUGUUCGGUAGAGGGUGAGUGCAACACCGGAAACACGAGUUGCUGCUGGCCGAUGUGCGCUUUUUCGUUUUCUCUUGUUGUCCAAGCAGCGGGUUUCUUUCCAUCCUCUCACGCCAGUGCUUUUUCCGUCCUUCUUUUGUGUUCCCUUGUUUUUUUUUUUCGGUGUAACGCAACCCACGAACCCUUCCGAACCACCUUGCAGGGGCAUGACCAACGGGCACGCGGGCAACCGGCGAUUCCGCGACAUCAUCGCCCUGCACCGGCCCGACUACGUCCGUGCCACCAAAAUGGACAAACCCAACGUUGCCCGAAAAAUUGUGCGGGCCAUCCGCCAGGGCAAUCCGCCCGGUCGGUUCCUUCGAAAGGGCACCGACAACAUGUGGCGGGACGUGGGCGACAAGAUCGCCGCCGAGAAAACGAGCCAGGGCCUGCGGGAACGAUCGAACGCCGAAAAACGGCAGCGCUCGGCCAUGCGGGAAUCCCUCCGAAUCGGCCAGCGGGAUUCCCUGGGAGGGGAGAGCGCCGACGGGACCCCCGGCGGCAAAAAGCUCAAGCUAGACGCCGCUGCGAUAGCCAUGGGCAUGGGAGGAGCCCUCAACGGAAACAUCGUGCCGAUCACUCUUUCCGCGAAAAAGAGCGCUGGUGCGAAGCGGAAGCAAAAGGGAAUCAACGGGACCGAGGACGAGGCAUCCACGGAGUCUCUUCCCCCGAAUGCCGUCGACAGGGACGGGAACAUCAUUGUGACAGACCACGGUACGUUUGCAAAAAAAGGAGGGAAACCACAGCGGGAUGCAAUAGCAUCCACCUCUGUCUACCAGAACUUCUCUCACGACGGCUUUGCCGGCGGUUUGCUUUGUAUUUUCUUCUUCUUUGGGAAAACCGUUCACCUACUAGACAUUCUUUGCGGAAGAGGUGGUUUGACCAAUCACCACAAGGGGAACAAGCGCUUCCGAGACAUUGUUGCGUUGCACCGUCCCGAUUACGUCCGUGCACCGAAGAUCCAGAAGCCAUCCGUCGCACGGGUGAUCGUUCGCGCCAUUCGGAACGGGGAUCCCCCGGGACGCUUCCUGAAAAAGGACGCCACCACAGGCAAGUGGUUCGACAUCGGGGACAAGAAGGCAGCGGAGAAAACCUCCCAAGCCCUCCGAGAAAAGUCCGACGAAGAGAAGGAGGGAAAAGUUCCCCCCGGAUUCACCAGUCCCACCCUCCACAUCGUGCCGACCGCAACAGCUGCGGCCGCGGCGACCAACGUCGACGCCACUCUCACUGACGCAGCGGUACAGGCAGCGGUUGCCGCAACACAGGCAAAACUGGGGACAGACACGGGGGCGGAGGCUGCCAUUGCCUUUGCGGCUGCUGCAAAAUCGGAGGAAACCAAGGGGGAAGAAUCCAAGGGAGGUCUAGCGGUCAAACAAGAAGACGUGGAGACGGCGAACGAAUCCCAUGUAGAAGUUUAGGUGCCGCUUCUUCCUUCUGUUGAAGUAAUGUUAAUCAUCAAUCGACCCAUAGGACAAAACCAAAACAAACCAUUACGCUCAAC